UGAGCCUGUCUGAUCAGUCGCGCAUCCCCCCAAUGUGCGAUACAUAUUUCUCACUGCGGAGACGAGACCCCCGCUUCGCCAUCUGGAGUAAAACAUAAGCAAUAGGUCCACACUCGUAUCCUUUCGUGGAGUAGCUGUUGGCGUUUCGCUUGUUUAUGAAAAGUCUUUGGAGCAGUAAUACAUCAACUGUCCACAUGAAAGCCGAAAGGACAUCAUUUUUGUGAGUAUCGUCGGAAUAGGCUAUCCGAAUCGAGCUCUGGGUGUUUCGGUCGCUUGAAGAGAGACAGAAAGUAGCUUAUUGGCGGCAUAGCCACGGCAGAAAGCUCAAACGGCUAUCAUGACUGACUGACUGACUGACACGGACUGAUUGACAUAACCCUCUAAUGUCCAUAUCCCAGCUCUCUCUCCCAUUUUGUGUCGACUUGCAGAGAUUGAACAACCGAACAGCACCUGUGCAGAAACAGUUUGGAACGUUAUCCAUCGCCGUGGAAGUUUGUGAUACAUUGAAAGACUUCUUUGUUACUUUCUACGCGAAAAUCGGUUAUAAAGUGUCGUUCUAGGGGUGGAAUCCUUUUUUUUGUCAUGGAAGCACGGCGGGAUUGAAGAGGCUUUGGCUGCUGUCCACGUUCUCCACGGUUAUACUGAAACCUAAACGGAGGUCUUGCUAUUUUUGAUCAUCAUGCAAUGAGUUAUUACUGUUUCUACUCAAAACAUCCAUAGAGAAACAUAUUUUUGUUUAGAGAUAUGCUAUUGGGUUCUUGACAUUUGCCAAACAAUUGCGGAAAGAUUAAUUAGGUUUUUAUGAAAAAAAUAAUACUUUCACCGACGCUCAGACUUCCUUUGCCAGUCAAAGAACGGGAAUCGACAUUUCUAUUCCGAUUCUAUUGAAGAGAAGGACAAAACGACGAGAUAUUUGCUUUGAUUUCGUUGCACUGGUUUCCUCUUGGGUCGUCUUUUAUUUUGGUCUCUGCAUGAAAAGUCAAGCGGAAAGUCUACCAGCAGCAUGCCGAGGAGAAAGCAGCAAGCGCCAAGGCGGUCCGUAGCUUACGGGGACGAGGAGGAAUUUAAGGCUGAUGACAAGAUCGAUGAGGAGCACCUGCAGGACGACGGCCUCUCCUUAGACGGCCAUGACGGCGAGUACCUCUGCAAUGAGGAUGACGACGCCGGGGACCGAUUCAGCUUCCAGAACUCCCCGCUCAGCAAUGGGACCAACCCGGACGCCGGCUAUGCCUCUCCGCUAAGUGAUACGAGCGACCAGCUUAUUGACUUCCAGAGUACUCCCUCCAAGGACGGACUUGAUAAGGAGGAGGAGGAGGAGGCAGUCAGAGGAGAAGUAGAACACCUGAAGGUCCCCAACGGCCUGUCUCUGCAGGACAGCCUGGCGCAGAUGAAAGCCGUCUAUGCUAACCUGAUCUCUGAAGCCUCUUGGUCCAGCAUCACCAUGGACAUGCUGAGAAGUAACAGCAACAAGGUCAGCAGUGUGAUCAGCAACAGCAAUGGAAGCAGCCACAAGGGGAGCAACGUUAUCCUUAACAGUCAUGCUAACAGCCUUGUGAACAAUAAUAACCACACCAACAGCAACAGCAGCAGUGGCACCUCUGCCCCUGCCAACACUACCAGCAACACUAGUGCUACAAGCACCGCUAAUACUACCAACACUGGCAGCACCGGUGGAGUGGCCUACGACUGGCACCAAGCUGCUUUGGCCAAAACUCUUCAGCAUACACCAUACAAUCUCCUCCCCGAGCCAAGCCUCUUCAGCACUGUGCAGCUGUACCGGCAGAACAACAAGCUCUACGGCCCGGUGUUCACCGGUGCCAGCAAGUUCCGAUGCAAGGAUUGCAGUGGAGCCUAUGACACACUGGUGGGGCUCACGGUGCACAUGAGUGAGUCGGGCCACUACCGUGAUGACAACAAAGACAAGGAGGAGGAGCGGGGAAAGAGGUGGUCUAAGCCCCGUAAGCGCUCCCUCAUGGAGAUGGAAGGCAAGGAGGACGCUCAAAAGGUGCUCAAGUGCAUGUACUGCGGACACUCCUUUGAAUCCCUGCAGGACCUGAGCGUCCACAUGAUCAAAACAAAACACUACCAGAAAGUGCCUCUAAAAGAACCCAUGUCAGCCCUCGUCUCAAAGCUGGUGCCCCCUACCAGAAAAAGAGCAUUUCAGGACUUGGUGUCCCCAUGCUCACCAGAGUCUGUCCACAACACACCUGGUGUACACCUGGGAGAGACCUCAAAAGACCAGAAAGUGGUUAACCCCUAUGUCACAGCAAAUAACCGCUACGGCUACCAAAAUGGCGCCAGUUACACCUGGCAGUUUGAGGCACGUAAGGCCCAGAUCCUCAAAUGCAUGGAGUGCGGGAGUUCCCACGACACCCUGCAACAACUGACAGCCCACAUGAUGGUCACAGGACACUUUCUGAAAGUGACCAACUCGGCAUCCAAAAAGGGGAAGCAGUUGGUGUUUGACCCCGUGGUUGAGGAAAAUAUACAGUCCAUUCCUCUCCCUCCGACCUCUACACGACUCCCGGUGUCCAAUGUGAAGUCACAGCCUGAUUCUCCUCCCUUGCACUCCUCCUCCACUGAAGAGAAAGGGGAGGAGCAUGAGGAGAACAUGGAGAUGAGUGAACCAGAGAAGAAGAUCAAAGAGGAGAAAGAGGAUCCAACUGAGAAAUGCGAGAAACCUGGCAAGGGUGGACAUUACAAGUAUCUCACAGAGGAAGACCUGGAGGAGACUCCCAAAGGAGGUCUGGAUAUCCUGAAGUCCUUAGAGUUCACUGUGUCAAGUGCAAUCAGCAAGGCCCAGACUGGCACACCCACUUGGGGUGGUGCUGGCUACCCUAGCAUCCACGCUGCCUACCAGCUCCAUGGGUCUUUGAAGUCCUCCAUGCAGAGUGUCCAGGUGGUUCAACCCUUGUUCAGCACUAGCAGCUUGAAGAUGAUGUCCUCUGACUCCAGCAAUCUGAUCCACUCUCCGAGCAGCCCUUCCCCACCUCCAAGCCACAAGAACAAUGUGUUGGCCAUGGAAGAGCUGGUGGAAAAAGUCACAGGGAAGGUCACUGUGAAGAAGGAGAAGGAGGAUAAGACUUCCGAAAAUAAAUUCAAAGCGAGAUCUGCCAAGUCACCCUCUCCACUGUCCAAGGAGAGGAGGGGCUCACCCAAGGUGGAUAGCCUCAACAAGCCAGUGAAAAACAUUGCCGUAGAGGAUCAGAGUGAGCCUAGAAGCAGAGAGGGAGAGGCAAAAGACAACAAAGCUAAUUUGUCAACGAAGAACGGAACAGACGUGCCAAAAACGGCAGUUGGAAACAGCUGUAACAGCUUGGGAAUCAUCACUGAUCACUCACCGGAGCAGCCUUUUGUCAACCCCCUCAGUGCGUUGCAGUCCAUCAUGAACAAUCACUUGGGAAAGGCCUCAAAGACGGCCACCCCCUAUCUAGACCCUCUGUCGAAGCUGUACAAGAUCACUAACAACAUGCUGGAGAAGCCCAUGAACAUCUCCACUCAGGUCAAACCGGUUCAGUCAAUCAAUCCAUUCUAUGACAACAAUGACCAGCCCAUGGACUUGACGAAAUCCAAAGUCACUAACGGACUAACUGCGAACAGCACCUUCACUACACUAAACAGCACUCCCAACUGUAAUACCAAUAACAGCAACAGCACCUUCACUACACUAAACAGCACUCCCAACUGUAAUACCAAUAACAGCAACAGACCUAUCCUCUCAAGCUUGUCUGAAUCUCUGUCGUCCCAAAAUGCUUUGAUGGACAUCUCCGACAUGGUCAAGAACCUGACUGGCCGUCUGACGCCCAAAUCCUCCACUCCGUCCUCCAUCUCUGAGAAAUCUGAUGCGGACAACAGCGCCUUCGAGGAUGGCUUGGAGGAGCUCUCUGCAGUCCAGAAAAGGAAAGGCCGGCAGUCCAACUGGAAUCCUCAGCACCUCCUCAUCCUUCAGGCCCAGUUUACCUCCUGUCUCCGGGAGACGUCUGACGGCAAGUUCGUCAUGACUGACCUAGGCCCCCAGGAGCGGGUCCACAUCUGCAAGUUCACCGGUCUCUCCUUGACCACUAUCUCCCAUUGGCUGGCCAACGUCAAGUACCAGCUGAGGCGGACAGGCGGGACAAAAUUCCUGAAGAACAUUGACUCGGGCCAGCCCCUGUUUCUAUGCAGUGACUGUGCCUCUCAGUUUAGGACUCCUUCCUCUUACAUAAAUCAUUUGGAGUCCCACUUAGGCUUUAGCAUGAAGGACCUCUCCAAGCUUUCAAUAGAUCACAUUAGGGAGCAGCAGGCAGUUACCAGAAUGAUAACAGAGAAGACUUUCAGUUCCCUGGGACUUACCGAGGAAGACUCGGGCUCUGUAUUUCAGUGCACGCUUUGCAAUCGGACCUUUGUCAGCAAGCACGCGGUCAAGCUUCACCUUAGCAAAACGCACGGCAAGUCGCCGGAGGACCACCUCGUCUUUGUCACUGAACUAGAAAAGUUUGAUAAAGCCUAGAUGGGGUGGACGAAGCUGAUGGCAUGACUGAUUACUGAACCGUUGCACUAUAUCUCAAUACUGCACUGCAUCUCAACUGAGACUUUGUGGAAUCAGUCCGAAGUAACUGCUGUCAUAGAACUGGGCCAUGUUCUGUUUUUGUUUUAGUUGUCUUUUUAUUUUUCAACACACAUUUAGCGGAUCGUUUCUAUGAUCUUUAGGAUCUUUUGUCUGUGCAUGUUUUUCAGUGAAUUAAGAUUAAACCAAUGUUUAAAAAAAUAAUAAUUGACGCAAACACACAAAUUCUGAAAAUAUAUGAUUGAUAGGAAGGUUUUUUUGUUGUUUUCAACUAAUCAUAUUGGAAAUACAUUUUAAGAGAAAAAGUAAGAAGGAUUUCUGCACUUGGGCUACUAUGAAGAGGUACACAUUAGGAUUGUUAAAAUAAACUCAAAUGGCACUGAUAUUUCAACGUUUAGAUUCUCACUCCUCCUGAUCACCUCAAAAUUGCAUAUGGGGUAGAACAUGUUAAAGGAUGAUAUGUAGGCCUAAUGACAAACUGCAGAAAGAACAGAAUACUCAUGAAUAUGUUCAGCUUUUCUCUGCAUAUCUGUUUCACUAAUCAAGUAUUAUUUAAUGGUGGUAUUGCCAUAUUUGCUUUGAUACCCGUUGUAGUUUUAUUAUUGUGUGCCGCUUCAGUUUCAACUUGUAAAUGAGGUUUUAAAACUGAUAAAUAUAUAAAUGAUCAGCAAGUAUGUGUAAAUGUAUGUAAUCAUAUCUUGCUAUUUGCAGGCGCUCAACAUUCUUUGUACUGUGUGCAUUUUUCUAUUGUCACUUUAUAGAAAAUAUGGAAAAAAUAAAUAACUAUGUACUGUAUAUAGGUAUAAAUAUAUACAGUAUAUAUAUAUAUAUAUAUACUGUAGAGCCAGAACAUUUCCUUUUUCAAUGAAAAGUAAGUCCUUCGUUGUGGUUUACAUGGUUAAAUAUAACUACACGGGCCCAUCUCUUCUGAUGCAUGGUACUGUAUGUUAAAAUAAACAUGCAAUGCACAAUAAAUUAUACAUUUCAAUGUUUUAUCAUUAAUACUGUUGAGAAUUCUAUCCUCUAAAUCAUGAAAGUAUUGUUUUUUUUUUUUUUGCAAUUGUAAAAUAAACUCUAAACCUGAA